AUCUUGGAGAGCUGAGUAGUCGUCUCUUGCGAAUUGCUCUUCAACAUUACUGAAGAUUGAGGAUGACGCAAGGCACAACCCAAUUAUUUAGCAGCGGAUUUGAGACUGCAUCGUUUGUGGCCAGCUCUGGUCUUCUCUCCGCUACAUGGAAUCUUAUCGCCGACCUGAACGCAGAAACCCCUCCAAACGAGAAUAUCUUCUGGAAAAAGCUUAGCAAUGAAUCAGAUUUGACAAUUAUAGCGUUUGGGACUACCCAAAACCGAGUCCAACCUGAUUUGCUUCGCUCUUCGGAUAUGAUAGAUAGCCCCUUUGAAUUUCUCUGUUCCAAGAAAAACCCCUACUUCUCUCUUAAUCAACCUGCAAUGUCCCUCUUCAACGAUCAUCGCCAGCGCCUUGGUCACCUAAAAUCAGAGAUCGAUCUCCAGAAACCUGCGAUUGUCACUGGGCAUGGUGUUGGAGGAUCAAUUGCUUCUCUUUUUACUCUGUGGCUGAUAGAGAAGAUGGGUUUAUCAGACAAGCCUCCACUCUGCAUCACCUUUGGUUCUCCACUUAUCGGAGACAAAUACCUGCAAGAAGCCAUAUCACGUAGCAGCAUUUGGAACUCUUGCUUUCUGCAUGUAGCCUCUCACCGUGACCCACUGGUUUCCUCCUUCAUUUCCAACGAUUCGUACAGGCCCUUCGGAACAUUCCUCUUGUGUUCUGAUUGCGGUUCUACUUGUUCUGAGAACCCCGAUUCUAUUUCGAGGCUUCUGAAGGAAAUGAGUACCCCGAAUCAAGGAUCGCAAAUCCCAGCAUAUGGAAAUAUUGUGGAGAGGCUCAGUAGUAAGGCAAUUUGCAAGGGCUCUGAUGUUCCCAACAUUGCUCACAAUUUACUACAGGCGAGCCUCGUUUUGCAGUUGCCGGCGCUGGGAUUUUCAAAUUCACAAUUGUCGCAGAACAAUCUAGUGAAGGAUUUGGAGAGGCAGGAGCUGUUGUUCACUCUGAAUAAGAGGAAACGGUUUGUCCCGCACAAGAAGCUGGUUGAAAUGAAAACGUACAUGGCCCAACUGGAGUGGUACAAGAAAACUUCCAAGAAUCGGAGAACAGGGUACUAUGACGGUUACAAGAACGGAUUUUAUCCAUCGGACAGCGAGAUUGCCAUGUUCAUCAUGAUCCUCAACAAUUACUGGAAAGAUAUGGUAGAAGAGGCAGAGAUUCAUCCCCAGAAAGAAGGUGUGCCUUUUCGUUCCCGGUGGCUUUAUGCUGGGACUACUUACAGGAGAAUGGUCGAACCAUUGGACAUAGCUCGGUACUACAAGGACGGAGGACAAGACUACAUAUGUAAAGGAAGAUCUGAGCAUUACAAACAGCUGCAGAAGUGGCUGGAAGAAGAUCAGAAGAUGUGGAGAGAAAAACAGAAGGGGCAGGAAGAAGAUAUGAAAGCAGAGCUGUGGAGAGAAAAACAGAAGGGGCAUGAAGAAGAUAAGAAAGCAGAGCGGAUAAAUAGAAAGAAUGUGCAAUCUAUGUUGACGAAGGAUUCUUGCUUCUGGGCACACGUGGAAGAGGCUCUCAUUUUGCUGCGAAAAUGCAAGGCUGCAGGGUCCAGUGAGACAGAGAAGCAAGAGGGGAGGAAGAGGUUGGAGGAGUUUGAGGAGUAUGUGUAUGGGUUGCUGAAGAAUUAUACAGUGUCGCCGGAGAUUUUCUUGGAGGAGAGCAGCUAUAUGCGGUGGUGGAAAGAUUACAAAACAUUCAAGGGAGCUUCAUAUGACUCCCAACUGGCCAACUUCAUGAAGGAACAUGCUGCGUAUGAGAAGGGUGAAUAUGAUUUCUCCUGCGAGUAGCCAUGCUCCCUUAUUGAGGCAUUCUGGGGACAGUUUCAAAAUGAAUUACCAUCUCAGAUUUAAGUAAUAGUAGAAAAUACAAAAGAGAAGGGGCAAGAAGUAUUAUACAUGGAAGCUUCGGGCAAGCAUUGGCAAUUAUGACAUCGCAUUGUUAAUAGGAACGUCAAUGACGGCCACAUAUCAUUGAGAUUGCUCUGAAAUGGGUAAGCAUUGAUGCAGACUUGGAAGGAAACCCCAUGUCAGAAAAUGUAGUUUUUUCAUGUGCAUAUCCAAUAGAGUACCUUGCGAUUUAACAUAUUGUUUUCUAAUUUCUAGAGAUAUACAGAUGUAAAUUAAAAUUUUA